AAAAGCGCGACUUCACCGGCUCGACUUGUGCUCUACUCCACGACCCCCUUGGUGAAGACCCGGCUGUAGGUAUGGGCGAGCGCUCCACCAAGAAGUUCAAGGUCGUCCUAUUAGGCGAAGGUCGCGUGGGUAAAACUUCCAUUCUGCUACGCUACAUUAAGGGCGAGUACGACGAGCGGCAGGUAUCGACACUACAGGCUUCGUAUUUAGAUAAGCGACUGCUCGUGGACAAUUGUCGUGUGGCGCUGUCGCUCUGGGACACAGCGGGUCAAGAGCGUUUCCAUGCCUUAGGCCCCAUCUAUUAUCGAGACGCCGAUGGAGCACUACUAGUCUACGACAUCACAGACGCCGAGUCUUUCCGCAAAGUUCGCACGUGGGUGCGAGAACUGCGUCGUAUUGUGGGGGACGACAUUUCCAUCUGUAUCGCCGGUAACAAGAGCGAUCUCCACCGCAACCGGAAGGUUCCUGAGGACGAGGCAAAACGCUACGCUGAGUCGGUGGGAGCUGCGCACUUCGACACGUCUGCUAAGCUCAAUCGAGGUCUUGAAGAUGUGUUUGUAGAGCUCACACGUCGCAUGUUGAAUCGCACGGGCGGCAAGAAGAAGAAAGGGAGCGCGUUAAUUGCCGACGAUGAUGAUGAUGAGGAUGACGAGCCAUUGGCUAAGCCCCCGACCAGCAAGGGAAGGCCGCAGCCACAUACGAAACAGACGCAGCCAAUGCAGACGCAAGCACAGGUCCACAGGACAGAGGAAGUGCCGAGAAGUCGUGGAGGAGGAAGGGGACAAGCUAUUCAAAUUGUGGAGGACGACGACGUCGGAUUCAGUCCCGGAGCGUCGAGAAGUAGCGGGCUGAGAGUGAGAGGAACCACCCACGUCGACACUGGCAAGGCCAAGAGCGGUUGUUGCUGA